AAAUAAACAACAUUGUGGUCAGACAUGCCAAGAGGAGCUCUGCUAAAAGAUUUAUAAGCUCCCUUAAUGCAUCCAUAACAAUGAUCCAGAGUCUUCAAAUUUCUCGUGGGGCAAUUUACAUAUUGAUGCAGUUAUUACAAGAUCCCUGAGAACCAUGGACAAAAAGACAAAGGUUAUGAUACCUUGUCUGCUUUUAGCAGCCAUUUGUAGCUCUGUGUUCAGUGACAUAUGGAAGGCCACUGUUGUAAAAAACAUUGAUGCUCUGGUUGAAUCCUGUGUUGUGAUACCAUGUUCAUUCUCUCAUACUGGAGGAAACCUGCCCACCCCCAGACUCAGAGCGAUGUGGCACUAUAAAGAUAGAAGUCCAGAUACAAAGGGAAAUAACAUCUAUCAUGAUGAUUCUACAAUGAUCCUGGACAACUUUAAGGGCCGGACAAGGAUGUUGGGACAUCUGGGUCAGAACAACUGCACCUUAGAAAUAACUGAUGUUAAAAAUCAUGACAACGGCCCUUUCUGUUUCCGGGUUGAACUAGUGCGAACAGAAGACAAUGAACCCACCAAGGACAAGUUCUCCUUUGUUGAAGACUGCGCUGAGUUGAACAUGAUCCCUACUCCUCCAGAGCCUACACUGAUUCACCCAAAAUCAGUCAGCCAAGGAGAGCCCUACACUGUCAUCUGUUCAGUCAUACACACCUGCCCCACCCAUGUACCUGAACUCACUUGGAAUUUGAAGACCAGUGGGGUUAUUCUGUAUCAGAGAGAAAUUCAUUCUGGAAAAAUGGAGACACUGUCCAUCCUGACAUUUAUUGCUGAGGUGAAGGAUGACAACAGUGAGCUGACCUGCACAGCUGAAUUUAGUAGACAGCAGAAGGCAUCCUCAACAGUCAGACUCAGUGUAACACGUAUUGAAAGCUACAAUCACAUCAUCAUUCCCAGUGCAGUGGGGAUUGGUAUUGCUCUGCUCUUUGGCAUCCUCUGCAUUUUUAUGGCAAAAAAAUACAAAAACCGUAUUGCAGAGCUCCAAAAUCAAGACGGAACCAUGUGGAACAGGCUUUCCCGAUUAUCUCGCAGGGGAAGACACUAAAGGUAAUCAAAUGAGAUCAAGAAGGGGACUGAAGUCAGAUGGUUACAUUCUUCAUUUGCUUAUCAGCUUCAGGAAAAAAAAAAUAGCAUGAUCAAUGUUAAAACACAAAAAUAUAAUAUAAAAAUGUUUCAUUAGUGAGGGAAACAGCUUCUUUUUUUCACCAUCAGCUUAUAGCCUUUUUUUUUUUUUUUGCAUCAAAUGGUACAGUGCAUUUUUUUUCAUACAUGAAUGGAUGUGCUGUGGUUUUGUGAUUGUGCUAACAAAAUUUACUAAACAUGUACCAAAGCAACACACCCACCGCUUCCUGUUUUCUAAGCAGAUGUAUCAGUAAUGUGAGCCGCUUUUUGAACAUUAAAUCUUCAU